AUAUCUGUCUGACCUCGAUGACUUAUGACAAGUUCGUAACUCAGAAUACUCAUGACCAAAACCGUAACCAACCCACCGUCCACUUCACACAGACACAGCGCUGUUCUCUUUUUUCACCAUUUCUUCUUCUUCUUCUUCAUUCGUACGCCAAAAUUAAAAUCUCUCACUACCAAACCUCAUUUACUUCUCCUUCUACUUCUCUGUCAUUCCUUUAUUGGUUCCUCGAACGCGCUGAUCAGGACACAAAAAAAAAAAAAACAAAAAAAAAAAAAAAUGGGAGAGAUCCCAUCAACAGGUGCUCUAGUUCCUGCUGUUAAACCCGAACCUUCGCCGGAAUCCGCCGCCGUCGAACCGUCAUUGCCACCGGAACCGCAAUUUCAGACGACGGUGGAUGAGGAUGUGAUCAUGGAGGAUGCAGAUAAGGACAUGCUGUGCCCAAUUUGCAUGCAGAUCAUCAAGGAUGCUUUCCUCACGGCUUGUGGACAUAGCUUUUGUUACAUGUGCAUUGUCACUCACCUCCACAACAAGAGCAAUUGUCCUUGUUGCUCUCACUACCUCACUGUCUCUCAUAUGUUCCCUAAUUUCUUGCUCGACAAGAUUUUGCAGUUUCUGAAGAAAAACUCGUCAUCGCAAAUGGCAAACACUGCAUCACCAUUCCAGAAUCUUCGUCAAGCAUUAGAACAGGGCCAUGACAUGUCAAUUAAAGAGCUGGAUGGCCUGCUGUCUCUCCUUUCAGAGAAGAAAAGAAAAAUGGAGCAAGAAGAAGCUGAGACAAACAUGCAGCUCAUUCUCAGCUUCUUACAUUGUUUGAAAAGGCAAAAGCUUGAAGAGCUCAACGAGAUACAAUCUGAUCUGCAGUAUAUCAAAGAGGACAUAAAUUCUGUGGAGAGACAUAAAAUAGAAUUAUACAGGGGAAAAGAGAGAUUCUUAGUGAGAACAAGAAUUCUUGUUAACGAUCCUCUUGCUACAAAUUCAUGGCCUUCUUCCAUUGAUGAGCAUGGCAGUGCCAUUAUUAAUGGUGCCCAUUCUGUGCCAGUAGUUCAGAUGGGUUCUGGCAAUUCCCAGAGUCAGAAACCUGAUGUAAUGCCUCAAACAAAGUUCCAGGGACUCCAAAGAAAGGAUGCUUACAGUGGGUUGGAUUUGCAGUCUGUUACUCCAUCAGCAAUGGUUGUAGCAAGGAAAAGGCAAAUCUAUUCACAGUUCAAUGAAUUACAGAAGUGUUACUUACGAAAGCGACGAUAUUGGAACAGACAAUCACAUAAAUGGGAGGAAAGGGAUAGAAAUACUGUAAGUAGGGAAGGUUAUAAUCUAGGUCUUGAAGAUUUCCAAUCUGUUCUAUCUACGUUUACACGUUAUAGUCGACUGAGAGUUCUUGCUGAAUUGAGGCAUGGUGAUCUUUUUCAAUCUCCUAACAUUGUGUCUAGUAUAGAAUUUGAUCGUGAUGAUGAAUUAUUUGCCACUGCUGGAGUUUCAAGGCGCAUUAAGGUGUUUGAAUUUUCCUCGGUGGUUAAUGAACCAGAAGAUGUCCACUGUCCUAUUGUUGAGAUGCCUACACGAUCUAAACUCAGUUGCUUGAGCUGGAAUAAGAACAUGAAAAACCAUAUUGCAAGUAGUGACUAUGAGGGAAUAGUAACAGUUUGGGAUAUAACUACUUGUCAGAGUGUGAUGGAAUAUGAGGAGCAUGAAAAGCGUGCUUGGAGUGUUGAUUUUUCACAUACUGAACCUUCAAUGCUUGUAUCUGGUAGUGAUGACUGCAAGGUGAAAAUUUGGUGCACAAAACAAGAAGCAAGCGUUCUUACCAUUGAUAUGAAAGCAAAUAUUUGUUCUGUCCAGUAUAAUCCUGGAUCCAGCAUUUAUGUGGCAGUUGGUUCUGCAGAUCAUCACACUCACUAUUAUGAUUUGAGGAAUAUCAGCCAACCACUGCAUACGUUUAGUGGGACUUCAAAAGCUGUUUCAUAUGUGAAAUUUCUGUCUAACUAUGAACUUGCUUCAGCAUCGACUGACAGCACAUUGCGGUUGUGGGACGUGAAGGAAAAUUUACCACUGGGCACAUAUAGAGGCCACACAAAUGAGAAGAACUUUGUGGGUCUGAGCGUAAACAGUGAAUAUAUAGCUUGUGGUAGUGAGACAAAUGAAGUCUACGUUUAUCAUAAGGCUAUCUCGAAACCUAUGGCUCGUUACAAAAUUGAUUCUUCAGAAUUAAAUGAAAAUGAGGAUGGUUCAGGAUCAUAUUUCAUUAGUGCUGUUUCUUGGAAACGUGACAGCCCUACAAUGUUAGCUGCAAACAGUCAAGGAACCCUUAAAGUUCUAGUACUUGCAGCAUGAGUGGUUAGUUGAUUUACAUUUUACAGACACACAGACAGAUAUAUACAUACAUAUAUAUAUAUAUAUAUGUACACACACAAUAAGUAAGCUAUUUAGAUCGUUGAUUUCCUUUCUCCACGUAUAAAUUUGUAUAAAUCAUUGUUGUUAUUGCUUGUCCAUUUCUGAA